AUGGCCGAUAGUGCGCUCCCCGAUCUCUACCGGCAUUUUUCUGGCAAUAAUGACGACGACAACACCUCGCUCCCCUCCACAGGAAAAGCCCCCGAUAAGCCGCCCUCGGUCAUCAGUGAGCUUGGCUCUAAUCUAGUUACGUUGCAAUGCAUCUCAGGACGGUCAUAUUCUACGCCCAGAAAUGAUUUCUCCUCGAACUUCCACGUCACUUCAAUACAGGAGCCACCUCAGCUGGUGAUCCAGGUGGGAGGUACUGAUAUAUGGUACAUCGACACUCCACCCAAGUCUGAAUGCCCGGUGCAUCGGACUACGGGUCUGGAUUUCUUAGUCCAGAUCCUGGGAGAGAUGGAGGUUACUCAUUUCACGGGCGAGCAACAAAUCAUACGACCUGGCGAUUUAACCAUCCAGGGUUCCACUUUCACCAAAUGGCGCAAUCCAAGCAGGUAUCAAUGGGCUCGGAUGAUGGGAUUUAUGUCUACGGCCCGUUCUAUUGGGAAAGAAGAUCCGCCGUCUAGAGCAGGGUUUUCCAAGCUGUGA